ACGCCUCGUACUCACCCGAGGCUCUCCAUCGCCGUGUAUGUUGCUCGUGCAGAGACACAGACUGGAUUGAACAAAUGGUGAAGAAGAACAACUUAGACCACCGUUUCGAUGUGACCAGCCGCGUGACGGCGCAAACAACACAUGUGGUGGCAGGUGCUGAGCCAUGUCGACGCACACUCAAUGUGCUGCGCGCGAUCGCUUAUGGUUGUUGGUUGGUAUCGAAGAAUUGGGUGUUUAAAUCCUAUGUGAUGGGUCAGUGGCAGCUGGAGACCGAGUUUGAACUGCAGGAAGAGUAUCCUGCCGCCAUCAAAGAGCGUCUGGAACGUGAGCUGUGCAAAGCCGAGGGUGUGCCAUACCAGAACACGCUGUUCCAAGACCAUCGCUUCUGUAUCACUCCCCGUCGCACGGUGCCGCCCAAAGAAGACCUCGAAGAACUCAUCAUAGCGUGCAGUGGUCAGAUUGUGAAGGAGAAGUCACAAUCAACAGUAUACGUUACGACAACCGAGCGCAAACCCUCAGCUGCCGCCAGCUAUCACGUCGUUAGUGCCAAAUGGAUCCUCGAUUCCAUUCAGAAAGGCAUGUUGGAGCCCUUUGUGGAGGAGGAGGAUGACGAGUCACAACGUCGCGCACGCCGGAGUCCCGAGUUAUAGUCUAUAUAGCUCGUUUGAGAGAAUAAAACAUGCUGAUAACCCACCAGAAUACUUGUUACCACCCCUUUUGCACAACAUAUAUGAACGCAAUUCUCGAGUGAGUUUCAACGUCCGCCUAUGAACGCCUGUGUCCCUGACUAUUAGAG